UAACUUUUGGAAUUCAAAAUAAAUACCAAAUAUUAAAAUCAUAUAUCUUAGAAUAAAGAUGAAGUAAGGUGUAGGCCAGAACAUAGUAAAAAACUUGGAUUUUGUGAAAAUAUCUCAAGUUCAAGUGUUUAUAAAUUUUGUAAGAUAUUCAUGUAACAUAUCCUCUCAAAUACCCAAACUUUAAAAUGGAAGAUCUAAAAACACUGCGCCUGAAACACAAUCUACCUUGCUGUCAUUGAGUCUGCACAGUGUGACAUGUGCACGCAAUAGAAUUUACAUGCACACAUCUUUUUUACUCUUGCAAAAACAAGAUCUUGUCCUAAACUGCCAUGCUCUACAGACUCGGCUCUCAUUACGAACGCAGAGGUUUAUAAUUUGAUCUUUUGCAUCAAGUUUGAAAAAUGAAAUAUAGGCCUCACCUCAUUACCCACGCUUUUGUUCUGUUAAAAUUUCGAAAAGAAAUCGCUUCCUUUCUGUUGUGACUGCCCAUCGCCAUUUCUACACAACAACUACAACUUGCUUCUUCCGCCUGCCUAAAUGAAAAUUUGAACUAUGUUUGACAAUAGGUGUUGCUCCCGCCAAAAGUGAGCACCCGCGAUAACAGAAGCCGAUUGGUUGCUUUUCAAUCGUGUGUGCUCAAGCUCAUUCAUUGAUUGGCUAUAGUUAGUUUGCGAACGACUAAAGCACAGACCAGGGGGUGCUGGAAAUAAUACAACGAUAAAAAGCUGCACAAUCUGGUCCGUAAAUUAACUGGCUUUGAAAAUACAGAGAACGGGCUAGAAGUGCUCAGACGGGAUAGAAAUUAAUUUUCUCGGAGGAAUACAAAUGAAAACCUCAAAUUAAGUGUCCGCCUAUUCUAAAAUUUCAAAAUAUCACAUCCUGAAAGAUUUGACGGGUGCUCAAGCACCCAUAGCACCCCCCUAGAUCCACCCCUGAAGAUAGAUAAAAUUUUAUCACUAAGCUGAACCAUUUUCUUGAAAAUGUAAUAUUCAAUUGCAAAUUUAUAAAUUACCAGCAUGACUCUCUGUCUACAAUCGUUUUAGGUUGUUCCUGUAACCAGAUGUCAAUAAUAAAAAGGCAAACUACAAGAAAAAAGAGGUGUUAGUGCUGCGAGGGAGGCUGUAGGUGCAUUGUUGAUGCAUUGACUGACAAUCAGGCCUAUUACGUCAUAUCAGGAUGGAGAGUUAUAAAUUGACUUUGCUGCUGGUGACAUGGCUGUACAUUUCCCAUCUUGGCACAUUGGGAUAUCAGUGCCCAAAACGUUGCAAGUGUUCUCAAAUUACUGUCCAGUGUAUUGGUGCUGGCCUAAAGACACUACCAUCAGAGAUUCCAUCAUCCAUUCGCUAUCUUGAUCUUUCUGAAAAUCCAUUAAUAAAGUUCCAAAACAAUUCUUUUGCUCGAUUUACGCAGCUAGAAAAGCUCGUCUUACGAGAAUGUUCUAUUAAGGAUCCGUUUAUUCUUCCAAAGAACCUCCGAAUUAUUGACAUGUCUUGGAACCACUUAUCUUUGCAAGCAGUGGAGGAACUUUUCAAAGAGGAAAGAACACCCAACGUUAAGGAGAUCACACUUAAAAGCAACGGCAUUAUUUUAGUUGGAAAGCUUUCAAUCUUUCCUAGAUCUGUCACAAACUUAAACCUUGUCGGAAAUGUUCUGCAAAAGAUUGGUCGGAGUGAUUUGAAUACAAUGAAGAAUCUCCGGUUCCUUUUUCUGUCAUCCACCGGUUUGCAAAGCAUUGCCAAGGGGGCGUUUGAUCAGCUCAAGGAUCUCCGAGUCCUUAAAAUGAAUACAAACAAACUUAAUUUUUUGCCAGCUAAACUAUUUCAACACAAUAGAAACCUAGGAAGAAUUCAGAUAAACGAUAAUCGUUUGAAGGCUUUACCGGAUCUUACUGGAAUUAGAAGCCUGGUCGACUUACGCUUGAAAAACAACUUGCUCAAAAUGGCAAGGAAUUUAAAUGUUCGAUCAAUUUCAUCUUUGGAUCUGUCAUUUAACCUCAUUGAAUCCUACAAUUUUUCGAAAAUCCUUGUUCUCACAUUAGAUUUGUCUCACAACAAGCUUAAAAUGAUUGAGAAAAAUACCUUUCCGAAGCUGAGUAACGUAUUUGCAAUUUACUUGCAAAGUAAUAACAUUAAGAGUAUUGCAAUUAAUGCAUUUGAAGGUAUUGAAUACAUCGGAGACCUGUUUCUUCAUCGAAAUCAACUCAAGAACCUACCAAAAGGCAUUUUUAAUGGCCUAUCUAUAAAAAAAUUGUCGUUGUUUGCCAACGAAUUAAGCACCGUCGAUGGCAUCUUUCAGGGUGUGAAAAUACCCCCUUACCAACUUUUAUUGUUUGGAAACAAAUUGAAGUCUAUUAGAAGCUCAGACUUUCAGAAGAUGCCGAACGGUUCGCAGAUUUACAUAUCAUGUACCAGUCUCGACGAAGUUCCAAACCAUUUUGAUAUAAAGAUGAUAUUUGUUAAGCAUGUCACACAUCCUGAUCCGCCCCUGCUUGGCACAUUGGGAUAUCAGUGCCCAAAACGUUGCAAGUGUUCUCAAAUUACUGUCCAGUGUAUUGGUGCUGGCCUAAAGACACUACCAUCAGAGAUUCCAUCAUCCAUUCGCUAUCUUGAUCUUUCUGAAAAUCCAUUAAUAAAGUUCCAAAACAAUUCUUUUGCUCGAUUUACGCAGCUAGAAAAGCUCGUCUUACGAGAAUGUUCUAUUAAGGAUACAUUUAUUCUUCCAAAGAGCCUCCGAAUUAUUGACAUGUCGGGGAACCAGUUAAAUGUUGAAGCAGUGGAGGAACUUUUCAAGGAGGAAAGAACGCCCAAUCUUAAGGAGAUUGCACUUAGAAGCAACAACAUUAUUUUAGAUGGACAGUUUUCAAUCUUUCCUAGAUCCGUCACAAACUUAAACCUUGACGGAAAUGUUCUGCAAAAGAUUGGUAGGAGUGAUUUGAAUACAUUGAAGAAACUCCGGUCCCUUAUUCUGUCACACACAGGUUUGCAAAGCAUUGCCAAGGGGGCGUUUGAUCAGCUCAAGGAUCUCCGAGUCCUAGAAAUAAAUACAAACAAACUCACUUAUUUGCCAGCUAAAACAUUUCAACACAAUAGAAACCUAGGAAGAAUUGAAAUAAACGAUAAUCGUUUGAAGGCAUUACCGGAUCUUACUGGAAUUAGAAGCCUUGUCGACUUACACUUGAAAAACAACUUGCUCAAAAUGGCAAGGAAUUUAAAUGUUCGAUCAAUUUCAUCUUUGGAUCUGUCAUUUAACCUCAUUGAAUCCUACAAUUUCUCGAAAAUCCUUGUUCUCACAUUAGAUUUGUCUCACAACAAGCUUAAAAUGAUUGAGAAAAAUACCUUUCCGAAGCUGAGUAACGUAUUUGCAAUUUACCUGCAAAGUAAUAACAUUAAGAGUAUUGCAAUUAAUGCGUUUGAAGGUAUUGAAUACAUCGGAGACCUGUUUCUUCAUCGAAAUCAACUCAAGAACCUACAAAAAGGCAUUUUUAAUGGCCUAUCUAUAAAAAAAUUGUCGUUGUUUGCCAACGAAUUAAGCACCGUCGAUGGCAUCUUUCAGGGUGUGAAAACACCCCCUUACCAACUUUUAUUGUUUGGAAAUAAAUUGAAGUCUAUUAGAAGCUCAGACUUUCAGAAGAUGCCGAACGGUUCGCAGAUUUACAUAUCAUGUAACAGUCUCGACGAAGUUCCAAACCAUUUUGAUAUUAAUCCAAAAGUGAUUUGCAGCCCAACUCGAAAGCUGGUCAUAAAAACAGCAACAACAGCGCUUGAAGGUGAUGGCUUUCAAUGUUUUGAAAACUUGAAGGUGAGAUACCACUUUGACUGCAAGCCAUGUCAGGUUGGCUACUACGGCAAUGAUGGCUGUAUUGCUUGCCCUGCUGGGGCUUUCUAUCAGGACGAAAUGGCAGCCAUUGCAUGCAAGCCCUGUCCAUUAGGCCAGUUUGUGCCACUAGAUAAAGCACCAGGGAAAAGUCCAUUGCAAUGUCUCACAUGCCCUUUUGGGACAAAUACAAACAGCUCCGCAGCUUAUCGCGCGUGUAAAUGUUUGCCUGGUUUUGCAAGAAGUCAUCGGUUUCAAGGAUGCACAAAAUGUACCCAAGAAGGGUUUUCAUGUCAAACAGAUUACAAGGAAUUGACUAGAGGCUAUUGGAUGUCGUGGCAAACAAUGCAAUCUGCAUCAAAUACAUCUUGCAAGACGUUGUACAAGGCUUUUAUGCAGAAUCUGGAUACAAAGAACGAUACAUAUGACCGGGCUACAAUCAAGUACGAUUGUCACAUGCCCACUGCACACAAAUGCCCGCUACAAGGCUCCUGCCUUGGUGGCAUAGAGGCUGAUUGUAAGCAAGGCUACACUGGAAUAUUGUGUGCAGUUUGUCAGGGGGGAUACAUGAAAAACUUUGGUAAAUUCACUAAAUGUCCCUCUUCAGUCGUUGCAGUGGUGCAGUGUGUUGCAUUCUUUUUGGCGUUUGUUUUUAUUUGCUGGUUAAUGUCCAAAGUUGAUAAAGUGAAACUCGCAGGAAACGAUAGCAAAACAUUUGCUGAUUUAAUUCUGUCAACAUUGAAAAUCCUCAUUGGUUUUUAUCAAGUGCUAGUUGGCAUCAUACACGCUCUUCCAAACAUUCAUUGGCCUGGAAAUCUUACAAAAGCUGUCAGAGUUUUUGAAUUUAUUCAGUUCUCGAUCUUCCAUAUACCUGCUUUGCAUUGCAUAAAGCGAGAAUGGCGCAUGGACGCCAUCAAGGAAUUCUGGUUUGCCAUCAUUGCCACCGCGACUGUUCCCUUCAUAAUUUGUAUUUACACAACAAUCAAAUCACUUUGCUCUUACUGCUGUGUUAGGGAUACAGUGGAGUUCAGAACGAGGCUUAGGAAGAACGUUCAGCAAUGCCUCGAGGCCAUAUUUCUGUUUCUUUUCGCGACCUACCCCUUGACAUCAAGCAAGAUAUUCCAAAUCCAACCCGCCAGCUGCCAUGCAUUCUGUACAUCGGAAAAGGACGGGCAGUGCUUGCACAGAGUCUCGUACCUGCGAUCGGAUUACCGUGUUAGCUGUACAUCAGGCACGAGUGAUGACGUCAUUGUAACCAAAGCUGCAAACGAAGCCUUAAUUUUGCCCUUCGGCUUUCCUUUGCUGCUGCUUUUUCUGCUCUGGCGGUUAGCUCCCAAAAAGAACACUGAUGAUGCGCAGCGACAGCAGCCCGCCGGGUCAAUUAACGAUGAUGGCGAGGAGGCAGCUGCGGAGGAGUCUGUUGUAGCCGUGGCGCUUAGACUCUUCUACGGCAACUACAAGCCGGAAAGCUGGUACUGGGAGGUGACUGAAAUGGCUCGAAAACUGAUCAUCAGCAUUGCAAGUGCUCUGGUCCUGCACAACAUAAAGAUAGGGUUGUUUGGGCUUAUAAUCUUAAGCAUUUUGUUCGCUGUUGCUCAUGCUCGGAUGUGGCCAAUGAAAGACAAGUUUGACAACUUGAUGCAGUUACUGGCUCUAGUGAUUGUAGCGGUGAAUCUGUGCUAUGGUGUAACACAAAAUAGUGCGAUUGGUGAUGACGAAAUUCUCGAGCAAAGCAAAGACAAGUGGGGACUUGGCGUUAUGCUAGUCUCCCUCAACUCCCUGCUGCUCGUGCUGUUGUUUGGUCGAUUGUUUUGGGAGAUUUUAAGAAAAAUUUGCAAUUCUAGACUUUGUGAAACCUCAUGCUCACAAUUUGGAGCAUAUUCCCGUAAUGGUGACCUUUCUGAAAACCUUUUAGAGGGUAACGGAAGUGAUAUCAUUCUUUAGUUUUUUUAUCAGAUUCACCUCGUUAUCUUCUACCUCUGAGGUUUAUAUCAAAAACAUAGUUCCUAGUACUUUACUAUAGAGAGUUUUAAGGGUCUUGUGCAACCGGCAUGCUUUGCGACUUUUCUCGGUAGCGGCCUAUUAUCGUACCAUGGGAAAAUACAAAAUUCAGGUCAUUUCACCUUUCGUAAAAAUUGCAAAGCAUGCCGGCCAAAUUUGAGCUGUUAAGAUUAGAAACAGGAUAAAGCCAUUGAAUAAAACAGGUUGAUAGGAAUGUGUCUUUUGUUAAAUUUUCUUACUUGCUU